AAUGUUUGUUUGUUUUUUUUUUUUUUUCUUCGCCUGUUUCGCCGUUGUUUUGUAAAAUUAAUAACAAUUUUUAAAAGUUUUCUUUGAACAUUUUAAUAAAACUCACUAAAAAGUUAUAAAAAAAUUAAUUUUUAGAACUGUUUAAAAAAAAAAAAAAAUCAAAGACAAUCAAUUAAUGUGUAAACUUUUUAUGACAAAUAAAUAAAUAAAAAAGCAUGAUUGUCAAGGUUAUGUUGAUUGUUGAUAUUGUGAUGGCAUUUUUAUAAAUUUUAAAAAUUCAAUAUGUUUUCAUUAACAACAAAAACAACAACAACAACAAUGACAAUGACAACAGAAAAUAUGCUUGUCAAAAAACAAAGAAGUUUUAAAAAAGCUCUGAGUGAUGAUGACAUUGAUGGUCCAACAGUUAAAUUGGAUUACAUAAACAAAUUAAGUGAUGAGUGUUUGGUCAAGAUUUUUAUGAAUAUUCCAAUUCUCAAGCGAAUUGGUCUUGAUAAAGUAUGUUCAAACUGGAAAAGAAUCUAUGAACUUGCAUGGAAUGAUGUUAAAAAAAUAAACUUACAAGAUUUAAAACAAAAAAGGAAAGAUAAAACACAAGCAUUAAUUAUAAAAAUUCUUUUUGACUGUGGUAAAUAUAUCAAGAAGUUGAGUGUUCCAUUUUGCAUUAGUGAAACAACAAUAAUACCAAUUAUUGAUGCAGCAUGUCAAAAUCUCGUUGAGCUUGAAUUAAAUUUUGGUUUUGUUCCAAGUGAUGAAUUUGUGCUUGACGGUGCAUUUACACAAUUUAAUAAAUUAAAAAAAAUAAAAAUACGAGACUCAAAAUAUAAACGUAAUAAACAUGAUGAAAUUGGUAAAUUAUUUGAUUUUAUUAUUCAAGUUCUUCCAGAAGGUAUUGAAAAAAUUUACAUAUCAUCAGUUAAUGGACGAAUUGAGUCUCGAUUAAAUCUUUGCACGGCAUUUAAAAAAUUUCCUUCACUUUGUUGUCUUGUUUUGAAAAAUUGGAAAUUUAAUCAUAAUUUUAAUCCUGUUUAUAAUCAACUGACAAAAACAAAAUCAUUACGUUAUUUGGAUUUGAAAUACACACAAAUUUGUGAUGGAAUUGACGAAGUAAUAAUCAAUCUCAUUAAUCUUGAACAUUUAAAUAUUCAACAUAAUGAUAAAGUUAAUGAUGAAUUAUUAAUCAUCAUUGCAAAUAAUUGCAAAAAAUUAAAAUACCUGAAUAUUGGAUAUUGUCAAGUUUCAAGAGCAAAUCUCAAGUAUGUCAUUAAAACAUUGACACAUAUAGAAAAAUUAAAAAUAAGUGGAAUAAGCUCAGCUGAUAAUAGUGUAAUACCAAUUAUUAAUAUGAGAAAAUUAAAUAGUUUAGAAUGUGCAAAUUGUCCUGAUAUUACAGACACAGGUAUAUUUCAAAUUCUUGAAAAUCAGCCAUGCCUUGAGUAUCUUGAUAUUGCUGGUACAAGUACAACACAAGAAAUUCUUGAACAUGCAUUAAUUAAGGUUGAAUCAAGAAAUGUCAAAUUAAAUUUAUGUAUUGUCACUAGUGAAAAAAAUAUAUUUGAUUUUGAAACGAAUGAAUACAAUGAACCUAAUUGUGAUUCUCUGUCAAAAUUGGAAUUAGCUUUUAAAGAAAAUAUAAAUAAUAUAUUUGAAGAAAAUUCAUAUAUUGAUAAUUACUUUGAUGACUAUGAGCCUGAUAUUAAUUUACCAGCCAACAGUAUGAUAACUAAAAAAAUACGUUCACCAAAUAAUAAAUUGACUGAAAAAAAAACAAAUUUAAUAAAUUGUUUAAAUGUAGAUUGUCUUGCAAAAAUAUUUACAUUUAUUGAUCCAAAUUACAGAUUGUCAUUGAAAUUUGUUUGUAAAAAAUGGAAAAAAGCAACUGAUAUAUCUUGGUAUAAUACUAAAAAAUUAAACAUCAAAAGUAUUGGAUAUGAAGUACCAACAAAAAAAACUGGAGGAAUGUUGAAAAACUUUGGUCCUUAUUUACGAGAAUUAAAUACAACAUAUAAUAAAAUUGAUAUUGAAUUAAUGCCAGCUAUUGAAAAAUAUUGUCGUAAUCUUGUUAAGCUUGAUCUAUCAAUUUUAUUACAAUGGUAUCAUCAUGAAUGUUUAAAAAAUGCAUUUAGUGCAAUGAAAAAAUUGAAGUAUAUCAAAAUUGAUGGUUGUUAUUGUCGAAAGUCUGAAUUAAAUUCACCAAAAGCUUACAUGACUAUUAUGCAAAAUCUUCCUGAUGACAUUGAAGAGAUUCAUUUUAUUUCUCAUGUACCAAUUCGUGUGUCAUCAAAUGAAGCACCUAUGUUUGAAAAAUUCAACAAACUUCGUAAACUUACAAUAAUUCAAUGGCAAAUUGAUUAUGCUAUUGUUAAAAUAAUAUCACAAAAAUCAACAAUAAUUGAUCUUGAUCUUAACCAAUGUUUUUUGACAAAUGAAGGCUUACAAUGGAUUGGUAAUAUGAAUAAUUUGGAAAAUUUAAAUAUUCAACACAUUACAAAUCCAUAUGGAAGUACAUCAAAUGAAGAUCCAUUAAUGAAUAUAUUAUAUGGUUGUAAAAAUUUAAAAUUAUUAAAUAUCGCUGGUUUGAUAUCUUCAACGAAUGCAUAUGAUAAAAUUAAUAGACUAAAAAAACUAGAGAUUCUUAGAAUGAAUAAUGUUGUUGGUGAUGUUCAUGAUGGUAUAUUUAAUAAUAUUUAUAAACUCAAAAUUUUAGAAUGUGCAUCUGUUAAUGGUAUAAAUGAUGAAAUAAUUAUGAAACUUCUUGAAAAUUGUCAAGAGCUUCAAGAAUUAAAUAUUUCAACGACAGCAAUAACAUAUAAAACAAUUGAUUAUGCAUUUAGGAUUGUUGAAAAACGUACAAAUAAUAUUAAGUUGACAAUUACUGCUCAAAGAAAAGUUAUUUGUAAAUUCAUGAAAAAUUUAAAUCCUCAAGACUUAAAAAAUUUUAUUUCAUCCAAUUUAAACUUUAUUGAAAUACGAAAUAGUUUCAGAGAUUAUUACUAUGAUGAUGAUGAUGAUGAUAAUGAUGAUGAUGAUGAUGAUGAUGAUGAGGAUGAAGAUGAGGAUGAUAAUGAUGAUGAUGAUGAGGAUGAAGAUGAGGAUGAGGAUGAGGAUGAUGAUGAUUAUUAUGAUGAUGAUGAUGAUGAUGAGGAUGAAGAUGAGGAUGAUGAUGAGGAUGAGGAUGAUGAUGAUGAUGAUGAUGAUUAUGAAGAAGAAGAACAAGAAGAAGUAGAAGAAGAAGCAGCUGUUAAUGUCCAAGAAGUAAAUGUACAGCAAGAGAUUGGUAUAGAAGAAGAAGAAGAAGAAGAAGAAGAAGAAGAAGAAGAAGACGAAGAAAAAGAAGAAGCUGUUGUUGUUAAUGUCCAAGAAGUAAAUAUACAGCAAGAGAUUGGUAUUGAAAUAGAAGAAGCAGCUGUUGUUGUUAAUGUCCAAGAAGUAAAUGUACAGCAAGAGAUUGGUAUUGAAAUAGAAGAAGCAGCUGUUGUUGUUAAUGUCCAAGAAGUAAAUGUACAGCAAGAGAUUGGUAUUGAAAUAGAAGAAGCAGCUGUUGUUGUUAAUGUCCAAGAAGUAAAUGUACAGCAAGAGAUCGGUAUUGAAAUAGAAGAUUCAAUUAAUGAUUCAGUUUUUCAAAAUAUUGAUACAAGUAUUUAUGAAACUGAUGAACAAAAUAAUCCACCAAUUGAAAUAACAAUCAACGAUAAUAAUAAUGAUAAUAAUCUUAAUGAAUCAGAUGAAGAUAUAAAUCUUCUUGAUGAAAGUGAUUUGGUUUUUCAAAAUAUUGAUACAAGUAUUUAUAAUACUGUUGAACAAAAUAAUCCACCAAUUGAAAUAACAAUCAAUGAUAAUAAUAAUAAUAAUAAUAAUAAUAAUUUAGAUGAAAAUGAAAUUCUUUUUGACGAAGAUGAUUCGGUUUUCCAAAAUAUUGAUACAAGUAUUUUUGAUACUGAUGAACAAAAUAAUCCACCAAUUGACAUUACAAACAACAAUAAUAAUAAUAAUGAUGAUAAUAAUAGAUUAGAUGAAAAUGAAAUUCUUCUUGAUGAAGAUAAUGAAUUAUUUAUGAAUGUAAAUAUGAAUAUUAUCAAUGAAAGAUAUUUAACAAAUGCUGCUGGUAAUCGUAUUGAUGAAGAUGGUAAUCUUCUUGAUGACGAUGGCAAUCUUAUUGAUAGUUAUGCUGAUUAUAUAACUGAUGACUUUUAACCUGGUGUAUUUUGUAUAAUUAACUAUACAAAAAUAGUAAUUAUUGUGAUGAAAAAAAUCAAAAAGACAAAUAGAUUUAUAUUAUUUUUAUUGAGU